CACCAAGCCUCUCCCUUGAGGAGUGGACGCCGUCCUUCCGUGCGCCAGCCCCUAGUGAGGAUCCCUGAGGUCCCAGGUCUGUGCACGCCCAUGCCCGGGGAGCCGGCUCAGCUCAUGGAUCCCGAGCCUGCUGUCGGGGACGACCAAGUGGCCCACCCUCAGGACCCUCACCACCCAUCCGAGAAGCCCGCCAUUCACUGCCAUAAAUGCGGGGAACCGUGCAAGGGAGAGGUGCUCCGGGUCCAGACCAAGCACUUCCACAUCAAAUGUUUCACCUGCAAAGUGUGCGGCUGUGACCUGGCCCAAGGUGGCUUCUUCAUAAAGAACGGGGAGUAUCUCUGCACCCUGGACUACCAGAGGAUGUACGGGACACGCUGCCAUGGCUGUGGGGAGUUUGUGGAAGGAGAGGUGGUGACUGCCCUGGGCAAGACCUACCAUCCCAAUUGCUUCGCAUGUACCAUCUGCAAGCGCCCGUUUCCACCCGGAGACCGCGUCACGUUCAACGGGAGAGACUGCCUCUGUCAACUCUGUGCCCAGCCGAUGUCGUCCAGCCCUAAAGAAGCCUCCUGCUCCGGCAACUGUGCCGGCUGCGGAAGGGACAUCAAGAACGGGCAGGCGCUGCUGGCGCUGGAAAAGCAGUGGCACUUGGGGUGCUUUAAAUGCAAGUCCUGCGCGAAGGUCCUCACCGGGGAGUACAUCAGCAAGGAUGGCGCUCCGUACUGCGAAAAGGACUACCAGGGGCUCUUCGGGGUGAAGUGUGAAGCCUGCCACCAGUUCAUCACAGGCAAAGUCUUGGAGGCAGGUGACAAACAUUACCACCCCAGCUGUGCACGAUGCAGCAGAUGCAACCAGAUGUUCACAGAAGGAGAGGAAAUGUAUCUUCAAGGUUCUACCGUUUGGCAUCCCGACUGUAAGCAGUCUACCAAGACGGAGGAAAAGCUGCGGCCGCCAAACACUCGGCAUUCUCCCUCCGAUUUCUUUUAUCCCAAAAGUCUGAUCCGACGCACAGGACGGUCCCCGUCGCUGCAGCCCACCAGGACUUCCUCCGAAAGCAUCUAUUCCAGACCAGGCUCCAGCAUCCCAGGGUCCCCGGGCCACACUAUCUAUGCAAAAGUGGACAACGAAAUCCUGGAUUACAAGGAUUUAGCAGCCAUUCCCAAGGUCAAGGCAAUUUAUGAUAUCGAACGUCCAGAUCUUAUUACCUAUGAGCCUUUCUACACUUCCGGCUAUGAUGACAAGCAGGAGAGACAGAGCCAGGGGGAGUCGCCAAGGACUUUGUCUCCUACUCCAUCCGCAGAAGGCUACCAGGACGCUCGGGACCGGAUGAUGCACCGGUCCACCAGCCAGGGCUCCAUCAACUCCCCGGUGUACAGCCGCCACAGCUACACUCCCACCACGUCCCGCUCUCCCCAGCAUUUCCACAGACCUGGCAAUGAGCCGUCCAGCGGCCGGAACUCCCCUCUCCCCCACCGGCCAGACAGCCGCCCUCUAACUCCAACUUACGCUCAGGCCCCUAAACAUUUCCAUGUUCCAGAUCAAGGGAUCAACAUUUACCGAAAACCACCCAUCUACAAACAGCAUGAUGCAGCUGCCUUGGCAGCCCAGAGCAAGUCUGCAGAAGACAUCAUCAAGUUUUCCAAGUUCCCAGCAGCGCAGGCGCCAGAUCCCAGCGAGAUCCCAAAGAUUGAGACGGACCAUUGGCCUGGUCCCCCCUCACUUGCCGCCGUAGGAGCUGACAUGAGACGCAGAUCUAGUGGCAGAGAGGAAGACGAUGAGGAACUCCUGAGACGCCGGCAGCUUCAGGAAGAGCAAUUAAUGAAGCUCAACUCAGGCCUGGGGCAGCUGAUCCUGAAGGAAGAGAUGGAGAGGGAGAGGGAGAGCCGGGAGAGGGCAGCCCUGUCAGCCAGUCGCUAUGAUUCUCCCAUCAACUCAGCUUCACACGUUCUGUCAUCUAAAACCUCGUCUCUCCCAGGCUAUGGAAGAAACGGGCUUCACCGGCCCGUUUCUACAGACUUUGCUCAGUACAACAGCUACGGGGACGUCAGCGGGGGAGCGCGAGACUACCAGACCCUGCCGGAUGGCCACCUGCCUGGCAUGAGAAUGGACCGCGGAGUGUCUAUGCCCAACAUGCUGGAGCCAAAGAUAUUUCCAUAUGAAAUGCUCAUGGUGACCAACAGAGGGCGCAACAAAAUCCUGCGAGAUGUGGACAGAACAAGGCUGGAGCGCCACCUAGCCCCAGAAGUGUUUCGGGAAAUCUUCGGCAUGUCCAUACAGGAGUUUGACAAGUUACCUCUUUGGAGACGCAACGACAUGAAGAAAAGAGCAAAACUCUUCUAAGUCCCACGCAAGACUCUUCUGAAGUCCCACAUGUAGACAAGCAGUUAGAAAGAGGACUGCCGAUGGCGGUGACGCAUAGGAUGUGGUAUUAAGCUUUGAACUGGACGGGAGAAUUUGCAAACUACUGCCCCUCAGCAACAACCAAAAGGGGGAAAUCUGAUUAAAACACCCACGAGCCAAAUCCUGGGCCGACCCACGGCAACACUUGCCAAGAAGCCAUGGGAUAGAGAUCUCUAUGUUCCCACACUCGGCGGCAGCGCUCACAUGUGACCUUUCACCUCACCUUGUGCACACAACAGGGGCCCCUUUCCUGGUUUCCCUUUCACUGUGGUCCGACCCUAGUGCUCACUGUCUGGGUAAGAGCCAGCAAGUGCCCUUAGGAUGCCGCAUGGAGCAAGCAGCUGUCGUCAUGCCCAGUCUGCGUAUGUUUAUGAUGUAGUAUGUGGCUAAGAAGCAAGAGCCUGGGGGGCGUAUCCACGUGGUAGCAGCCGUUUGCACACCCCUUCGCCCCGGCCUCAGUCAGCUCUGCUCCUGUGGGGUGGAACCCCGAGUGGGAACCCAGUGGCUACUUGAGUGGGCUGAGUAGUAGCCGGAGCCAUUUUUAACCAGCUCCUUAUUCUCCACUGUCACCCAGGCCCUGGUUUGCAAAUUACUCAGCUUUUUCUUUUCUUUUUCUUAAUUUUAAGGGAAAAGGAAUGACAGGAAAAGCUCCAUCACUUGCUUUCUGCUUCAGAUAGUGUGAUUCAUGCGGGUCCCUCGUUGGCAAAGAAAGGAAAGGGGAAAAUCGCCUCUAGAUUGGCACAGGUGCAUGCUGUCCAGUGAUUCUUGCCCAGGGAACAUAGCACUCUUGGGGGAAAAAAAGUCCUGUGCCCUCCCGAUGCCAGUUCCCACCCUCCGCUCUGCACCUGGCAUCCGCUGGAUUGAAUCUCGCCCUGGCUGGUUCUGGUUGUUUCCUAGGUCUUCCCAGUAGUCGGCUAAGGAAAGGCAUGGUUUUCUGUUUGAAGUCUCUGCAACUCCAAGGUCGAUGGCCUGACACUGAUUUCCCGUGGCCUUUUAGCUCUUCUCCUUGCUCGGCACUGUUGACCCCAUGUGUGUGCGCGCACCCACACGCACUGGGCCUUCUAACUUAUUUUACAAACGGCUCUGCGGGGGUGGACCUGAGCAGGUCUGUUCCGUGGUCUGGAGCCAGACUGCAGUGUGUGGUCUUGCCCCUUGGUGUAUCUCAGUUGCCUCUUGCUUCAUUGGCUAUUUCUGCUGCCCCCUCUUCUCUCCACCCUCGCCUGCCAUUGGCAGCCUGUGUGUCCUAGUCCUGGCUUUGCUCUGGCAAAGUGUGGGGCGGGGACCACAGUGUAUUCCCAGCAUUUCCCUGCCACCAUCAAUAACAAGGCUCCCAGCGCUGGGCGGGUGGAGAGAGUGUUUGUCAUUGUGGGGUCGACAAAGGACCCUCCGUGUUUUCAUCACUUAAUGAGUGUUGCCCCGUGCACAUGCAGAUCAAAUACCCACGGCAGAGAAGCCGCAGUGACAGUUAAAGACCUGAGCCCAGAACCUGUUCCCACUCACUCAGCGUUGCUUUUCUUGUCUCUUUGGAAUUUGGUUCUACGUCCACCUUGGGAGACAGCAGCGCUUCUUUCCAUGUCAAGUGUGUGAGCAGAUGUAAACUGCGCCAGGUAGAUAGGCAUCGCCCCCAAAUGCAGCAGCCUCCUGUUCGCAAGCAGAGCCGUGCUGUGCUCUGGAGAGAGCGGGCAUCGAACCCUAACGCAGAGCGGGCUCCCCAGCUCCCCUCCCCGCAGAAGGCUCCGGCCGGAGGGCUGGCCAGUAGGCAGCCUGCUUCUCCUGACUGCCAACCCCGGUGAAGGGCUCCCACACACCAUCCGCUGUGUGAAACGGGCCCGUGUUCUCUGCCUGAACCCGCCCGCACUGCACAUACACCCGUCCCCGGUUAACACAGUCACACGAGCAGGGAUUGCUCGCUUCGGGGUAACACAAGGGCUACGUCUUUGCGCGUUGGGCUUCCUUACAAUUCUUUCAGCGCUGAGCAUGUAGGGGAAAGAGGCCUCGAUGGCACCGGGAACAGCAAUGCUUCCUUUAAAGAUUCUUCCAGAAAAGCCAGGCUGCCAGGCAGGCCCCGUGUGAUGCACGAUGAGGCGUAAAGGGUUGGAUACCCUUUCCCCACCAGCUCUGCCUCUGCGUUGUGGUUGGGUUAGUGAUGAGAUGUUGGGGAUGCAGCUCCUUACAUGACUGAGGAGAAACGGCCGUUCUCUGUCUGCAACCUGGGACGGAGGAGGGCGUUACGGCCAAUAAGAUGCACAAACAAAAGAAACCAUGUUUCUCUGUUCUGCCCUCUGGCCGCUCUGCCCGCUCCACCUUCUGCGGUUUCCCAGCUGAGCCGAGCAGCAGCGCUUUGCAGCCCUCACCCUCGCAGUCACAUUAUGUCCAUCAACUCCAGAGACGUUCUUGGCUGGAAACGUUUAUAAAACCGUCACCUAAUUUCUUUAUACUUGGAAGCAAACACCUUUUUCUAAAGAAUUGCUUCUCAGAUGAUUAUAUAAAAUAUACAUGCUUUUGCUAGUUUACAAAAUUCAAAUUCACUUUGGACUAAAUAGGUCUUUCUAAAAACUCUUUUACGCAAGCUUGGUGUUAGCAGUCCUCCUGUGUGCUGAAGGGGCAGGGGAAACCCCCCCCCCCCCAAAGGCUGUGGGCCCACAGGGCUUUCUCUCUGACGUCAUGAAUGAGGGUGGGAGGACCUGACCUCUAUCCCCAGCCCUCUGUCCUCUGGGGCAGGCCCGUUUUUACAAAUCACUCUUUUGUAUUUCUGGCCACUGUUGGAUCAGUACUUCCUAAGCCAGCCUGGAUUUCAGCUGCUUUUUAAAAUUAUUUUCCUUUGACACACCAAGUGUUGGUCAGAAUGCCCUAAAACUCACCCUUUAGUGCUCCCGUUCGGAGACCAUUCUACCCGGAAAGAGAUUCCUUUGCACGUGAGAUUUGCAGUGACGCCCUGGCUUUGUGAUGAUGUACAGGAAGGGAACUGCCCGACUGUGUCCCAGUGAAAAGGAGGAGGAACUUGCACUUGGGCCCUGAAGAGAAAAAUCACUCCUCCCAUUUGCCGCCCAGGAAACUGGGGGGAGAUGGUGACCGAUCCGCUUUGCAUAGGGAUUUUUGUGUUUUUACUGGGCAAGUUUAAUUCAUGGCCAGCUCAGAAAAAUGGGGGAGGUGAAUAGUUUAGCAAGAAGCUUGUUAAACAAUAUUUGUGGACACAGCAAAAUUAAAGUACCCUAAAACUCUGAUGCUUCCCUUCACUGGAUGGAGGAUGUCAUCGUCAAGUGAAAUUCUCCCCAAAGUGUCUCCGAGUCCCUUUCUGAGCCUGCCCGCCAGAGGUGGGAGGAGAUGGGCCUGGGACGCCGACAUCCAAAAGGCUCUGAGCCGCUUCGUCCGCAUCGGCCUGUGUCUUCGCCCUGCGGAGGAGACCGGUGCCACAACAUCGAUGUCCUGGGGGGGGGGGUUAUGUAACAAAUGUGUGUGUUCUCUGUGAGUUGCGGGCAGUCCUGCAUCUAAGUUCUCCCGGUUCUUUUCCGUUUCGGUGGGCUUGAUGGGAUUGUUUUCGAGUGUUGGAAGGCCUGCUGUUCUCCCUGCCCGCCCUCCCCCUUUCUGAGCUAAGGAAGCUACCAUUUGGAAGAAGUGCUGUGUCAAAGAUGUGUCGUGUCCCCCGUGAAAGCGAGUGGCUGUCCGUCUGCACCCCGGGUGCCGCGUGCUGGUCUGCAGAGGUGGCCGGAGGCCCCCCGGGGCUGCGCCCACAGCUCUGACCUUCCCCUGACCUUCCCCUCGCUCCUGUUGCAACAGCACUCGCCCCUCCGCGCUGUCCCCCGCGUCUCUGUUGUACUCACGACCCGGUGAAUAAAGUGCGUGCUUUAUUCGUA